UUCCCCCUUUUAUUUUUCCUCCUCUUCCUACCCCUUUUCCCCUCCCCUCGCUUGAUCUCGCUGCAGUGCAAGACCUUCAUCUCGGGGGCUUUCCCCACGCCCUAGCCCUUCCCCCCCCCUUUCUCUUUCUCUCUCUGUCUCUCUCUCUGUCUCUCUCUCUCUCUCUCUGGCUCCCCAGUGCCUCUUGGAUACUCUGGAUUAAUGCACAGUGAUGUAUAAUCCACAGAAUGCCCAGCAGUAUCGGAAAAAGAUUUAAACCGACAAAAUACAUCCCCGUCUCUACUGCAGCCGCCUUACUAGUGGGGUCAACUUCGCUCUUUUUCGUCUUCACGUGCCCGUGGUUGACCAGAGCCAUCUCCCCAGCUGUUCCACUCUACAAUGGGCUCGUAUUCCUGUUUGUCCUGGCAAACUUCAGUAUGGCCACGUUUAUGGACCCGGGGGUCUUCCCACGAGCCGACGAAGACGAGGAUAAAGAUGACGACUUCCGAGCUCCGCUCUAUAAGAACGUGGAGAUCAGAGGCAUCCAAGUUCGGAUGAAAUGGUGCGCCACCUGCCACUUCUACCGCCCUCCGCGUUGCUCCCACUGCAGCGUUUGCGACAACUGCGUUGAGGAUUUUGAUCAUCACUGCCCUUGGGUUAAUAACUGUAUCGGAAGACGAAACUACCGCUAUUUUUUCCUUUUCUUGCUGUCUUUAAGUGCCCACAUGGUCGGCGUGUUCACCUUCGGGCUUAUCUAUGUCUUGCACCAUGCUGAAAAAGUGGGCGUGGCCCAUACUGCCGUAACGAUGACAGUCAUGUGUAUCGCUGGGCUGUUCUUCAUUCCAGUGAUUGGCUUGACUGCUUUCCACAUCGUUUUGGUGGCCCGAGGACGCACAACCAACGAGCAGGUGACGGGUAAGUUCCGUGGAGGAGUCAAUCCUUUUACUCAAGGAUGCUGCGGGAACGUGGAACAUGUCCUCUGCAGCCCCCUGGCUCCUAGGUACAUUGUGGAUCCCAAGAAGAAGGAGAUGGUUAGUGUGAAGCCCCCUUUCCUGAGGCCGGAUCUAAAGGAGCGACAGAUCACCGUCAAAAUAAGUGACAACGGUGUUCAAGCCAACCUCAACCAGAACAAGUCUAAAAUUAGCCUUGAAGGACUAGACGAAAAUACCAUGGAUAUACAGCCUCCACUUCCACCCAAGGGGGAUUCCAGUAAAUACAGUGAACUGGGAAGCACUGAAGAGAGCAGCCUUUCUCCCAAGCUGAUCAGCCCUCCUACACCUGCCAUGUACAAAUAUCGCCCUGCUUUCAGCCACAACUCUAAAGUCCAUUAUCAUGGAACAUCUGAGCAGAUCUCCCUCCACGAAGGACUCAGGCAAAGCUCCUUGGCCGAUGACAAUGACAGCAGCCUGGAUUAUCAAUCUGAGCCCAGCAUGGAGCUCCCCAACUAUCGGAAGAGUUCCCUCCACAAGACCUAUCAGUCUUCUCCGCUCCAAGCUGAUUCUUUUGCUGCCAACUCCAGAUCCCUAAGUCUGAAAGCGGGUGGCCGGAGAGGCCCCGACAAACUGCCCCUCCAUCUCAUGAAAUCCGAAGGGGCGACCUCCACCCCCUACAAAAGCAUCUUUGCCCCCAAUUCCCUCUCCAACAGGAAUGGGAGCUUAUCCUAUGACAGCUUGCUCAACCCCAUCUCCCCAGCCGGGAAGCGGUGCAUUGCGCACGCCGCGGUGGGCUCCGUCGGAUACCACUCGCCAUAUUUGUCUGCCAAAAUGUGCCAUCUGAGGGGCAGGGAACUCCAGCGCCCGUCUCCCCAGACCUUUAGCCCCGGGCAAGGUGGGCUGACCCAGCACCCACGAGACCCCUCCCCAGUCCGCUACGACAACCUGUCGAAAACAAUUAUGGCGUCCAUUCAAGAAAGGAAGGAGAUGGAGGAGAGGGAGAAGCUCCUGCACUCUCACCCAGACUCCGUGUUUGCAGAUUCAGGGGUGUACGACACCCCAAGUUCUUACAGCCUUCAGCAAGUCAGCCUGCUCUCGGACGAUCCCCGUAGCUUAGUCCUGAGAUACGGCUCCAGGGACAAUUUGAUGCCCCACAGCAGCUUCAGUGCACGCAACCCAGCUUUGCAGACCUCUGUUUCUUCCCUCUCCAGCGCUAUGACCCGAGUGUCAAGGACUUCCACACCUUCUCUCCAAGCAGACCUAGCCAAUAACAACAUCCAAGCCCAUCAGGCGCUGCAGGGCAGGAUGAGUAACGGCUCCUACAAAUCACCAAGCCACCAAGUUCCUUCAUCUCCAAGUGGGAUCCCCCGGUCUCCCUCAUACGGGGCUCCAAAAUCCAUCUCCUUUGUGAACACGAUGGAGCUGACCGAAGCCCAGUCCAUAGGCACUGCGAGAAAUAGGAUGUAA